GUCCUGUUCCAUUUGAAUUCUGGGAUGAAGACCACGCCCCCAAACAACCUCUCCGCCCGGAACACUAUCAGGGGAUGCAGUAAAGAGAAGUAUGGAUUCCAGUGGAGAGACAGCUAAAGCUGUCGAUAUUUACCGUGAUACAUGGGUCCGCUUUCUUGGAUAUGCCAAUGAAGUUGGGGAGGCCUUCCGUGCUUUGGUGCCAGUGAGUUUUGUAUGGGGCAGCUACGCCGUGGCCACCGCGUACGUCACUGCUGAUGCCGUGGAUAAAGGGAAGAAAGCAGCUGCUGCACAUGGGGACAACCCAGGGAAGACGGCCCGGGUAGCUGUUGCAGUCGUGGACACGUUUGUGUGGCAGGCUCUGGCCUCGGUGAUCAUCCCCGGCUUCACAAUUAACCGCGUCUGCGCUGCCUCCCUGUUGGUGUUGGGAAAAACCACAAAGUGGCCGUUACCAGUUCGGAAGUGGACCACGACGGUUAUCGGACUCUCCACGAUCCCUUUUAUCAUUACUCCCAUUGACAGGUCAGUGGACUUCCUGCUGGACUCCAGCCUAAGGAAGGUCUACAAUGAGGGGAAGAAGCAUGACUAACAGUCGUGGAGUUCUAUUUAGAAUGAAACCAGCGCCGUUUGUAAACCUGCAAAAAAAAAACACACAUCCGGAGGGGAUUCAUGGAGCCAGACAUACUUAAUAAUGCCUAUAAUUAUAUUUUUAUUCCAAAUUUGAAUUUCACAACGCAUAGGUGUUUAAAGGGGAAGCCUUUUUAUACAAAGGAUCCACCAGGGGGCGCUGUAUUUUCUUGUUUACUGAAAUGAGUGGCCUCAUCAAAAAGAGAUUGAAAUGACAAUGUAAUAGUUGCUCCUUUGUUUGGGUCUUAGUGUCCUCAUAUAUUUUAGUGUGGUGAUGUUCUCCUCUGACAUGUUGGGUACAGUAUGGUACAGCUGUUUUUGUCUUCCAUUGAAAGCAGCAGAGCUGAUAAUAACCAGUUUGCCUUCAGUGCCUCACACUAAGCUUUAAUCAAGCUUUUUUGAGUCUUACCAGUCAUGUUAGCACACAGUCGACUGCAGACUGAAAUCGUCUUAGGAAAUGUGACCGUUUUUAACUGGAAAAAAGCUACUAAUGCUUGUUUUUUUUUUCAUUCUUUGGAAGCUUUUAUAUGCAAAUAUCCAAUUUAAAAGCACAAAUAUUUCUGUUUUUUGCGUUAAACAAAAACUUCACUUCACUUCACUGUACUGUACCGUACUGUACCACGGAAUGAAGAGCUGCUGUUACAGAAAGAAAAAUAACUUCUAUGCUCUCCUCUCAACUGGAUGUCUGGUUGUUACUUGGAGCAGCACUUUUUAUUAGCCAUGUUCAAUGUUACUGUAACGGCAGGCCAAAAACACGGUUCUCCAUUAGUCACUUGCCUUUAAAAAGCUUUAAUUUAGUCAUUUUUAAAGUACCAUUUUGUAUUGUUUAAAACAGGGAAAUGACUUUUUAUUAUUUUAGGGAAACAACGUUUUUAAGCACUUUUUCUCAUUAAACAUAAGGGAUGCUGCAUGUUUGUACUUCAGUUUACCAGAGAGGAUUUUAUGUACUUUAUGGGAUCAGUGUACUGCAAUGUAUUGGAUUGGAAAUAUGAUGGAAAAUUAACUGAUAAGAGUUAAAGAUAUAUAUAUAUAUUCUGUGACUUAUAGGUGUAAAAACAUCCUAUUUUUACUUCAGUGGUGCACUUGUUCAAACCUGUAAAGGUCAAUUCAAUGUCUAUGCACACAUUUAAUGGAACAAGGAUACUGUAUUCAUGUAAAAAGUCCAAUUAUUUUGAAACAAAAACAGAUGUGAUGCUGUAUUUUAUUUCCAGGUUUGCAGUUUUCAUAACACAAAAAUGACAAACGUAUGUGCAGACGCCACUGUGAAACACACUGAGGGUCAUCUUUGUCAUGUUUUGUGCCAGUUUACAGAUGAUUUCAACACAGACCUUUUGUUAAAUUUGUUUGACUUUUUCUGUCAUUGAAAAGGUGCUGAAUAAUAAAAGCCUUUUAGAACUGGG